AUGGAAACGAGUCCCAGCCGUACGAUUAAGCUCCUCUGCAACUACGGCGGCAAGAUCCUCCCACGUGCUACCGACGGUGAGCUCCAUUACAUCGGUGGCCACACCAGAGUCUUCACCGUGGACCACUUGUUGGUAAAGCUAGGAGAGUUGUGCGGUUCGUCUGUGACGUUACGGUGUCAAUCGCCGAACGGAGACUUAGAAACCAUGAUCUCCGUCACCAACGACAAAGAUCUGACGUACAUAAUCGAAGAAUAUGACUGCGCUUCGUCGAAACUACCUCAUCCGUUGAAGAUCAGAGCCGUGCUAUUUCGGCCAAAUUCGUCGAAGAAGGUUUCUCCGGUGACGUCGUCUCCGUCGUUGUCUUCCUCUGCUUUAUCCGUCGUUGUCCUCAUCCAACUACUAAUCGCAUCCCCUUCAGAUCUGAUCUAA